AUGAGGUACUUCCCGGAGGUCAUGGCUGGAUUCCGGCAGGGCAGGUCAUCCAUCGAUAGCGUGAUAGACAUCGUCCCCAGUGUCCAGCAAGCGCGGUCCGAAGGGCAGCUCACAGCAGCAGUUUUCCUAGAUGUCAUGAAAGCAUACGAUAGCGUCGUCCACAGCGCUGUCAUCGCAACUCUACAAGAGUCUGCUGCAGGCGCCCGUGUCAUCUCCUGGCACAUCAAGGCCCUCUCUACCACGACGAAGAAAUUCGUGAACGUGCUACGACGCAUCUCUGGAGCGUCGUGGGGUCCCUCGUGCAACGACCUCCGACACGUCCAUAACGUACUUGUGCUGGGACUGCUACGGUAUCACUUCCCAGCGUCCCACGGAUUCAGUACAACGGAGACGCGAGAGACGCCCGUGCUAAUCCUGCGGGACAGAGAGACGCUCCGCAUCUUUGCGCGCUUCCUCACGCAGCAACCUUGCCACUACCCGCUGUCCAUUGAGGACGCCCGCCCCGCAUCGGCCUUUGGCGGCGCCGUCCGCAGGCUCAAGGCUAUCCUUCCGGAUCGCUCCUCAAGCGUAUCCUACGCCCCUCCUCUAUGGGCCCUUGACAAACCCCAGGUAUUGACGAGCGUCUCUCGCCUAGGACGAAAGAGGGAGACGCCGAUAGCCGAUGCGCGCCAGCUCGUCCUCGAACACUUACCGGCGCAGCAUCAACAGCGGCAGGCGAUCUAUACAGACGGAUCAGUUACACCUGAUGGGGCCACUGCAGCCAUCUACGUCCCGCACGGCAAUAUCGAGCAAGCUUUCAGCCUCUGCCUCUCCCAUACCACCUCCUCCACCGAAGCCGAGCUCUUCGCAAUCCACGCGGCCCUCAGGCACAUCACAACAUCGCCCCCAGGAACCUGGACGAUCCUGUCAGACAGCAAGGCGGCACUGGAGACACUCGACUCACACUGCACGAAAACAAGCGACGACCUGCACACAAUGAUAACGUCCAUAGCCAACACCGCCCUUGCUUCCGGGCACGACAUAUGUCUCCAGUGUAUAUCCAGCCACAUUGGCCUCGGCGGGAACGAUCGAGCCGAUGCUGCGGCCAGGCGUGCACACGAACAACCCGACGCCGCGGCGCACAUACCGCUCACUCCGUCGGCCUGCCGCAUCCAAAUCCGCCGUUGGGCCGCUCAAGAGGCGCGGUGCUUUAUUCACGAAUCCGCCCUUUUCAACGAGCUUCUUCGCGCCAUCGACCCGGCGGUGGAGUUCUCCCCACCACGACGUCUCCAACGGCUCCACCGGCUGCGCCUCAAAUUGGCAUACACGCCACCGGUUCAGCGCAUGAUGGGGAGGCAGAUCUCGGCCCCCUGCGACGUUUGCGAAGUGGUUGCGGACACGUCGCACGUCCUGCUGACCUGCCCCAAGUACACCACCCAUUGCGCCACCCUUUCCCGCUACCUCCAGCGCUUCGGGCACAACCAACUGACGCUGGCCGCACUCCUUGGCCCUGUGCCUCAGCACCAAUAA